AAAGAGGUGCUCGAUUCUCAUCAUUCACAACGUGUCCUUCGAAACAUUGCUUGCAAAAACAAUUCACGAUCACAGACUUUGAGCGACCUUGUUCAUGGCAAGUUUUCUGCUAGAAAAGAAAAAGACUAGUUAGUUAGGCUUUUAUGCAAAGAACAGAGUUCUCCCAAACACUUCAAUCAAACAUGGCUUUACCAGCCAAUGAAACCUCCAUGGCAGAAAGGUCUCAGUGGGUGCUCAAUGCUCCUGCUCCCCCAUCCACGUGGCACAACCUCAUGGCUUCUGUGAGGAACACAAUUUCAUCGUACCAAAAAAUGUGUUCUUAUAUAAGAGGCCAACCUGGACCCAAAGUUGUGCUUUCCUUCUUGCGGAGCAUUUUUCCUAUUCUUCAUUGGGGUCGUAAUUAUUCACCAACCAAAUUCAGAAACGACUUACUUGCAGGUCUUACCAUUGCAAGUCUCUGCAUUCCUCAGAGCAUUGGGUAUGCCACUUUAGCAAAGCUUGAUCCUGAAUAUGGACUCUAUACGAGUGUGGUGCCACCUCUUAUCUAUGCUUUAAUGGGAACUUCAAGAGAAAUAGCAAUUGGACCCGUGGCCGUGGUAUCGCUUCUUUUGUCAUCAAUGAUUCAGAAAUUAAUAGACCCUGCCAUUGAUCCAAAUGGGUAUAGAAAGCUUGUUUUCACUACCACUUUCUUUGCUGGCAUAUUUCAAGCUGCUUUUGGACUCUUCAGGUUGGGGUUCCUUGUGGAUUUUCUGUCUCAUGCUGCUAUUGUUGGAUUCAUGGGGGGAGCAGCUAUAAUAAUUGGUCUACAACAGCUGAAGGGACUAUUUGGGAUCAAUCAUUUUACGAACAAAACAGACAUAAUCUCUGUCAUGAAAUCCGUUUGGGAAUCGGUUGAUCAUCCCUGGAAUCCUCGCAAUUUUGUCCUUGGAUGUUCAUUCUUCAUUUUCAUCCUGUUUACCAGAUUUCUGGGUAAAAGGAAUAAGAAACUUUUCUGGCUGCCAGCAAUAUCCCCUCUUGUGUCAGUUAUGCUAUCAACUCUUAUUGUUUUUCUGACAAGAGCCGACAAAAGUGGAGUUAAUAUUGUGAGACAUAUAAAAGGAGGAUUGAACCCAAGCUCUAUCAAUCAGAUAGACUUGAACAGCCCCCAUAUUGGAGCAUUGGCCAAAAUUGGACUAGUUGUUGCUGCUGUUGCACUCACUGAAUCAGUUGCUGUUGGCCGAUCUUUUGCAUCCAUGAAAGGAUACCAUCUAGAUGGAAACAAGGAGAUGGUGUCAUUAGGGUUCAUGAACAUCAUAGGAUGCUUCACCUCAUGCUAUGUUGCAACUGGUUCGUUCUCCCGCACGGUGGUUAAUUUCACAGCGGGUUGUGAAACAUUAGCGUCGAACAUUGUGAUGGCCAUUGUGGUCUUGAUAUCACUACAAUGUUUGACAAAGCUAUUGUACUUUACCCCAACUGCUAUUCUCGCUUCAAUAAUCCUUUCUGCUCUCCCGGGACUCAUUGACAUCAAUGAAGCUUACAAAAUAUGGAAAGUUGAUAAGCUUGAUUUUCUUGCUUGUGUUGGAGCCUUCUUCGGGGUGCUCUUUGCGUCAGUGGAACUUGGUCUGCUAGUGGCUGUGGGUAUAUCUUUUACAAAGAUAAUAUGGAUCUCAAUUGGAGCAGGCACAGAAACUCUGGGAAGACUUCCCGGCACAGAUGUGUUCUGCGAUGCACAACAGUAUCCUAUGGCUGUUAAGAUUCCUGGGGUUGCAAUAAUACGCGUCAAGUCUUCAUUGCUUUGCUUUUCUAAUGCAAAUUCAGUCAGAGAAAGGAUCCUGAAAUGGAUAUCCCGGGAAGAAGCCAAGGGAAACAUAGAAGACAACACCGGAAGCAUAAUUCAGCUCGUAAUCCUUGACACCUCUAAUUUGGUGAGCAUUGACACCUCAGGAAUUGCUUCUCUUGAGGAGCUGCACAAGAGUUUGGUCUCAAGUGGGAAGCAUGUAAGGGCUAGCAAUUGCCAAUCCUCGUUGGCAAGUGAUUUAUAAGCUAAAGGCGACCAACUUUGUCACAAGAAUUGGAGGAAGGGUCUUCUUGACUAUUGGAGAAGCUAUUGACUGCAAGCUGGAUUUCUGAAUUGCUACGGAUUGAACCGAGUGUUGUACCUCUGUCUUUGUUAAUAGAACUCGUGUGUGGAAAUAAAAUCUUAGCUUUUCAUGGCUGGUUUGAAUUGGAAUGUUGUAAAAUUUUACUCAUGUAUGAUGCUUCUUUUGUGUGUUUAGAUUUCCUGCCCCGGAGUACUUCAUGUACAAUAUAGUUCUGGGACAGAACAAUAAGUCUUCGCAUUCCUGUUUAGCCACUCACAAAGUGGAAUUUGUGUUAUUUACUCUAUUGGUUUGCGCCUAUGAUGUAAUAAAAGAACUAUAUGGUUUGUGUGAAAUUUAUCUUGGAAAUGCCA